GAAUCAGUCAAGUUGUUGAUGUUGAUCGAAUUUGAGGUUACAGUUAACUUUAGUGAUUGUUUAUACUUUGUAUGCUUGUAAAACUAAUUUAUUAUUUAAAACAACUAAUUAUCAGUAAAUACUCAGUUUAAUGUGUGCAAACAUUGUUUUGAUAAGUAACGUAAUAAAUCGUUGGAGUACAUAACCUGUUUGAUUUGUCUACUGUGAUUUAGGUUGGGUGGGGUCAAUGCAUAACGUUUUUCCCUUUUCAAGAACUAAAAUGUUGUUUCUAAAUUUAGUUUUUGUUUCAGCUUUAGUUUCAGUUGCGAAUUGCCUGGAAUGUUAUGUAUGUGAUCAACAGGAUGACAACUCAGGAAAAUGUAAACAAACAAUUCAGACGUGUGAACAGGAACAUGAUAUGUGUCUAACUGAAAUAGUUUGGGGAACAAUCCCAUUCUGGUCGCAGGGUGCACAAAAGCAAUACUUUGUGUCGAAGCAGUGCGCCACCAAGCAGCAGUGCGCGAAAACACGAAACCGGUUCAUGGCAACCUGUUCGCACAUCUGGUAUGAGGACUGGAAGUGCGCCGACUGUUGUGCCGGCGAUAGGUGCAACUACUAUGCCAUUAUGGGAGCAGCAAGUACAAGAUCCAACAUUUAUUUGAUGGGAAUUGGUCUGCUAUUCAUCAUCGGAGGUUGGCGAUUGCUAUGAUUUGAAAAACAGUUUCACAUUUCACAACCUGACGUCUAAUGUCACAGUGGUCUUACCAUUUGUGCCUUGUCUAGUAUUAGCAUAGUUUUAAACUUAUUCAUUCUCAGCUUAUCAUCAUAGUGUUCUUCUAAUUUUAAUCUAUUCAUAACCAUUUUUAAAACACUGUUGCACAAAAGCCGGUAAAAUUUUAAUCGUAAAUAAUUUUACAAGAACCAACAUACAUAAAAGAUUUUUUUGAUAGUAAAAAAUACAAAAAAUUAUGUUAGGGCAUUUAAGAAGCAGAUACUGCGAUUUUACCGGUCAAUAGCAUAUCUUUAAUUCACAAGUGGGAUAAGCAAAAAUGCGGUACUGCGUUUUUCUCUAGUAUAAACCACCAACAUUUCAUUCCAAUACUUAAGAAGAAGCAAAGAAUACUUGAGAAUACUUUAGUAAAAAUGCAGUACUAAGUUUUUCCUUAGUAUAAACCACCAAAAUUAUACCAACACCUUGGAAAAAAUGCAGUACAGUCAAUUAAUUUUUGUUUGUUGAAACAGAAUUGAUAUAAUUAUAUCAUAGAGAAAGGCAAACUUUAUCAUCACUGAUGAAUCUUUUCUUCAUAGGUUACACACUGUCAGUUACUGCAAAUAUCAUAUGGUCGCCUCUAAUAUACUAAGCAAGAACGCAGUAAGUGAUAUUCCUAAGAAAGAACGCAGUAUCUGAGCUGUAGAUACUGCGUUCUUCCUUAGUAAAUUGUAAAUACUGCGUUUUUGCUUAGUAGGGCAGUAUAUUAUGUACAACUAUAUUGAGCGUCUAAACUCCUGCUUAGGAUCGUUGAUAUUAUAAAUAGAUAUUGAUAUUAAUCAUUUCAUGAAUAAUUGAUACGAAGUGACACUGAAACAUAUUUCUAUUUUACUUAUUAUAUUGAAACAUAUUUUUAUCUGACACAUUUUAUUGGCCGUAUUUUUAUACAUGCAUUUUAUGUAUCUAUACAUAAAUAAAACAAAUAUGCAGAAACGCCUUCAUUGAUUAGCAAAGUAAGUUACUCAAGUUAUUUAUCUCAAGUAAUAAAUUGACGUUGCAAUUUUUUGUUGUAAUGGAAUAUCCUUCUACAAACAUAUCACUCCAUGAGACAGAUUUGCUAUUUGAUACAAAGACGAUAUUAUACUAGAAAUUUGACAGUUAAAUAACAAUGGUGUUUUUGAAUAUAGUUGAAUAGAAUGUAGAUAGAUAAAUCAGUGUUAUACAAUGCUCUAACCAUUUGACAAUUACAUAACACUAGUGAUUUUAAAUAUAGUUGAAUGAAAUGUUGAUAAAUAAAUCAGUGUUUUACAAUGUUCUUAGUAAUGAAUGAGGUUUUGAGAGAUUACAAUGUUUACAUUUGAAUUCAUUAAAAAAUAAUAUUUAGAUA